UCUGAUCAAUGCACGGUGCAGGGGCUAGGGGUGCAGAGUGCCGCACACAUCGGCUGAAUGGUACACUGGUGCCGAUGGACUAGUUACUGCAGAAAAUCUCAUGAAAUUUGCUCCAUUUUGAGCACAGUCGUGUGAAAAUCUGGUAUCGUCCGAUCAAGUGGAUCCUACAGCAUCUGUACCUGUAUCGUUUUUUGGCGAUCGAAGGAUUUGCAGGACGUUUUUACCAAACGAAUUGAGUGUUGUGAUGCAUUGCAGCGAUAUCAAGAUGGCGUAGUAUUUUGAUGGCAAUGUUUUGCCGAGUAGUCAUGACUACUACAGAGUUGCAUGAUCAACCUCCUGGCAAGAAUCUGAAGAGAUUAGUGACAGCAGUCUCAAACAUACUAUAUUGCUCCUGAUCAGAUGAUAGCUGAAAAACAUUUACGGGAACCAACACCUAGUGACCGUUGGAGAUGAGGUGUGUUGUACUUAUUCCAAACAUGGCGUUCCCGCCAUGCACUGGACGCCACAGGACCAACGUGAAACUAAACGUUAAACCUUGGAGGAACCUUUCAUCUGUGGUUCUCCUGCUCAUGAUGUAUAUUGCCGUGUGUCUGGGACAGGCUCAGACUCCCAGUAUAACUUAUAACAUAGAUGAAGGGUUACCAGUUGGAACAGAAGUGGGAGAUAUUAGUGUUGAUCAAGUCAUACCGGGACCAUACUUACCCUUGUAUGCCCCUACUGACUAUUUGCAGUUUACAUCAUCUGGUGUCAUAUCAACUAAAGUGGUCUUAGACCAUGAAGCAACAUCUGAAUUUAAUUUUGUAGCAGUUGCGAUUUCAGAUAGCUCCCAGAUUGUUAUAAGAGUCCGUGUAACUGAUGUCAAUGAUAACUCCCCAGUCUUCCCAAACUCAGAAAUCAAUCUGGAUCUGUCAGAAUCUACCCCGAUUGGUGCCAAACGAUCCUUGGACUCGGCCAGAGAUGCAGAUGAUGGUAUCUUUAGCACGCAGGGAUACCGCAUUCUCUCUGGUAAUGUGGAUAACACAUUCAGUUUGUUAUUUCGUACAGCCCCUAAUGGUGAAGUCUUCCUUGAUUUAGUCAUCGAGAAUAGUCUUGAUCGGGAGACUACCCCAGACUAUGUCCUAGUGAUUGAGGCGUAUGAUGGUGGUUCACCUGCAAGAUUAGGUAACAUGACUCUCAAUAUUAACAUUCUUGAUAUUAAUGACAAUCCUCCAAUUUUUAGCCCUACACAAUAUUCUACAACAGUGAAUGAAACCUUAGCCGUUGGUAGUAGGAUACUGCAAGUGACCGCCUCAGAUGCUGAUGACGGAGUCAAUGGAGUUGUGAUUUAUGAAAUACGCCGCCAAAGCGAUCCCAAUGAAAUCUUCCGGAUUGAUCCUAACACUGGAUGGCUGUACCUCAACAAGCCACUCGACUAUGAAACGGCUGAAGCUGUAGUUCUGGCUAUCUCGGCUAGGGACAAUACAACUCAGCCAGAGAGAAGCUUUUCUUAUGUUACAAUCAACAUCCUGAAUGUGAACGAACAACCACCAAACAUCAACAUUGUCUUCCUACAUCAAGAUGGCCAACCCAAGAUAUCUGAGGCUGCUGUACCUGGGGAUUUUGUCGCUCGAGUCUCAGUGAAUGAUCCAGAUGACGGAGAGUUAACCAACGUGAACGUUACUCUUCUGGGUGGACAGGGGAAGUUUGGCAUCAUGACUCGGAACAAUAUCAUCUACCUGAUCUGUCUGCAAAGUAGUUUGGAUCGGGAGCUGAUCCCAAGUUACGAUUUGUCCAUUACUGCACGAGACUUUGGCAUACCUCCACUCAGCACCCAAUUGAACAUCACCAUCUAUGUUGAGGACAUAAAUGAUAACCCGCCCAUAUUUGACCAAGAAAUGUACUCCGCCUCUAUUCUGGAGAUUGUGGAGACAGGAUCGAUGGUUACCCAAGUUCAUGCUGAUGAUGCAGAUAUUGGCGAUAAUGCAGCCAUUACAUAUCAGAUUAUGAACGAACCAGGUUCGUACUCUGAAUGGUUUACCAUAAACCCAGCAUCGGGCUUGAUAACAACAGAGCAACUUAUCGAUCGCGAAAUCGCAGACACCGUCAGACUUAAAGUUCAAGCAUCAGAUGGAGGUGUUCCAUCAUUGUCAGCUAAUGUAACAGUUGUCAUCACUCUGCGUGACGUUAACGACAAUCAACCUCAGUUCCUACUGUCAUCCUACAAUGCCAGUAUAGCUGAGGAUACCGACAUCAACACAUGUUUCUUGCAGGUCCAAGCUGAAGACCCUGAUUCUGGUGACUUUGGCCAUGUCACCUAUUCCCUCAGUCUGGGUUAUGGCUCUCAACCACCUCCAGAAUUCUACAUCCGUAAUGACGAUGGCUACAUCUGUACAGCCACACAGCUAGAUCGGGAUAGAGGCACAACGUCAUAUGAAUUCCCUGUACAGGCAAUGGACGGUGGGGGCUUGAAUAGCAUCGCCCUGGUCAAGAUUACUCUGCUGGAUGUGAACGAUAACAGACCACUGUUUUAUCCAACAACUUAUGCAGUUGAUGUUGAUGAGAGUAGCAUUGAAGGGACAGUCAUCACUACGGUGUCUGCCAUGGAUCAAGAUUCAGGGACUUUUGGCAGAGUAACCUAUUCCAUAGUAUCCGGCAAUGAGCAAGGAAUAUUCACUAUUGCUGAUGGUGUAGUUACCCUCACUGGUGCCCUGAGUCGUUACCAACAGUCUAUGCAUUCCUUGGAGAUAUCAGCAACUGAUGGUGGGGGCCAAUCAUCCCUUGAGAAUGCCCAGAUCAGGAUCAGCGUAGUAGGUCCUGACGACUCCCCUCCGGUGUUCAACCAAUCACAUUACAGCUUUACUGUCAGGGAGAAUACGCAACGGUUUCAUGUUCUCGGUUCAGUCUAUGCGGAAAAUCUAGAUCCAACUAACUUGGCAGUGAUAUCCUACUCCAUUUACUCCGGUGAUCCACAAGGCUACUUCAGCUUGAAUCCAGCCACUGCUGAGCUGUCCAUCAAUUCCCCUCCUGACUAUGAGCUCUACCCCUACCUCAUCCUGACGGUUCAAGCAGCCAGUGGUUCCCCUCCUCUCUACGGACUCACUCAUGUCAAUGUCACCAUUAUAGAUGAGAAUGAUAAUACUCCACAGUUCCCUAGCAACAGAGAGGUUGUAGUUGUCCCAGAGAGUACAGCAGUUGGAAGCACUGUCUUCAUUGCUAUGGCAACAGAUCGAGACAGUGGUAACUUUGGGACACUGCGAUAUAAAUUGGUUCAGAAUCCAGACAACAAGUUUUCUGUUCAUCGGGUGACGGGACAGGUUCUCCUUGAGAGUGUGAUCAGCUACAAUGAUCAGAGUUCAUAUGAAAUCAUUAUCCAGGCUUAUGACCGUGGAAGUCCAUCGAAGAAAGGUAACUUGACUCUGACUGUGCUGGUGCAAGAUGUCAACGAUAAUGGCCCACAAUUCAACCCUGCCACAUACCAGAUGGAUGUCUCCGAGGCAACACCAAUCAGCACGCGAGUUGUACAAGUCAUGGCAACAGAUGAGGAUCAUGGAAUCAAUGCACGCAUCACAUACAGCCUCAAAGCCAGCAUAGAUGCAACUUACUUUGCUAUCUUCCCUGACGAUGGAUGGCUAUACACACGGCAACGCUUGGAUUAUGAACUCAGGUCAGAGUUCAUACUUGAGGUCAUCGCUUCAGACAACGGAAGCCCUGCCCAGAACAGUUCAGCUAUAGUACGCAUCCGUGUCACAGACAUGAAUGAUAACUCACCACAGUUUGCACAGACUACAUAUUACUUCUACAUUGAUGAGAAUCGUGAGGCUAACUCCGAAGCAGGACGUGUGAUAGCUGAGGAUAGAGAUUCUGGGAUGAAUGCUCAAAUUACGUACACAUUGGAAGGAAAUAGUGCAUUUAGGAUUGAUCCUUCAACAGGAGUCAUAAGCACAACCCAAAGCUUAGAUCGUGAGAAUACAGCCAGCUAUGACCUGAAGGUUACGGCUAUGGAUCAUGGAGAGCCACCCAACAUGGCUGUGGCUACUGUACAUGUUGGUGUGAAUGACUUGAAUGACAACACACCAACGUUCGUCAGACAGUCUCAGUACCAUGCAUCCAUCAUGGAAGAACAAAUGCCGGGAGAAUUUGUUGCUAAAGUGAUUGCGUUUGAUCCAGAUAGUGGCGAAAAUGGAACAAUAACGUAUUCAUUUGCAAGUGGUGGUGAACAUUUCAACCUGGAUCCUUCCACUGGCCUGAUCACCACUCAGAGCACCUUAGACAGAGAGAGGAGUCAGAUGUACAUUAUCAAUGUCACAGCUCAAGAUAACGGCACUCCAUCCCUCCAAUCAAGCAUACAGGUCACCGUACGCAUCCAAGACAUCAAUGAUCACAUGCCGGUCGCUGAGAGGGCAGCAUACACAUUUACCAUUGAGGAGAACAUUGAACCAGGGUCCACUGUCGGUCAAGUCAGAGCCCAUGACCAAGAUGCUGGGGAUAAUGGCAAGAUCUUCUAUAGCAUCAUCAAUGGUAAUGACUAUGGAACAUUCGGCAUCAAUCGAACCACGGGAGUUAUCAUCAACACUAGGGAGGUUGAUUUUGAGUUGAGCAGCCAUUAUCAGUUAACAGUUCUUCUUGAAGAUAAUGGACCUGUACAUCCGCAGACGACAACAGUCACUGUGAACAUUAAUGUCUUAGACAUGAAUGAUAAUACACCUGUCUUUGCCAAUGACCCUAUUCAAUUCAGUCUGAGUGAGAAUGUGGCUGUCGGUCAUUUGGUCUGGACAUUUCUUGCAACUGAUGCUGACUCCGGUACCAACAGUGACAUUCGGUAUAGCAUCCUAACUCCGCAGUCAACGUUUACCGUUGAUGAGAUAACUGGUGCCCUGACAACAAUUGCAGAGAUUGACAGGGAGUCCAUUCCACGGUUUUUGUUUGUCGUACAAGCUGAAGAUCAGGCUACCGUUGUAUCUGAUCGCAAGUCAAGUACAGUCACAGUUAGUAUCUUAGUUGAGGACAGGAACGACAAUUCUCCCGUCUUUCUGUCACGUGUCUUCACGCAUAUUAAUGAGGAUGAACCAGUAGGGUAUCCAAUCCUUCACAUCCAUGCCAGUGAUGCAGAUCUCGGGGAGAAUGCGCGAUUGGUCUACGAGAUCAAAUCUGGAAAUGAGGAAGGAAAGUUUGCCAUUGAAUCCAUCACAGGUUUGUUAUCAAUUGCUCAUUCGCUUGACCAUGAGCAUGAGAGACUGUACGUCUUGAACAUUACGGCCACCGACCAUGGCCUACCGUCCCUCAGCAGCUGGCAGACACUAGAGAUACGUGUGGAAGACGUGAAUGACUUACCACCACACUUUGACCCGUCAUCCUACGUCAUGAAUGUGUUUGAGAACCUAGACAGAGCUACGUAUGUCGGAACGGUGGUAGCAGAGGAUGGAGACACAGGCACAAAUGGAGAGAUCACGUUUGAGAUUCCCUAUGGUAUUGCUGAGGAUAUGUUUACAGUGGAUGCUUCAACAGGAGUUAUUGUCACCAAUGGCAGGCUGGAUAGAGAGGCUAAGGAUUCCUAUAGUAUUACAGUGUAUGCUCGGGAUGGUGCCUUCCCUGCACGCUACGAUGUCGCUUCAGUCAUUGUCUAUGUCCAGGACACCAAUGAUCAUGAUCCAACCUUUGCAACAAGUCGUUAUGAGCUCAGCAUCCCAGAGAAUGAGCCAGCCAGUGAUGUUCACGUUGUCGUUGCUGAGGAUAAAGAUAUCGGUGUGAAUAGCAACCUGACUUACUCUAUCAUUGAUGGCAACAUAGAUGGCCUGUUUGUACUGGACUCUAUAACUGGUCAGCUAUCCACUACCGGCCCACUUGACCGCGAGGUGACCCCACAAUACAACCUGACAGUCCGUGCCACUGACCAUGGUGCCGGGCCUCGAUCUGGAGAAUCUGUGGUCACUGUCAAUGUUCUAGAUGACAACGACAAUGACCCGGUCUUCCUGAUGCCAUCGUAUCAUUACCAAUUGGCUGAGGAUACUGGCAUUGGUGUGUCAUUGAUGACAGUUGAAGCAGUUGAUGCAGAUGAAGGGACUAAUGCCAUGGUGCAGUAUUCUCUGGAUAACUCUACGCUGGGUCUGUUUGGUAUUGAUGUCAACACUGGUCAACUCACUACAACUGGGCUGUUUGACUUUGAGAAGGAAUCACAGUACAUCUUCCAAGUCUGUGCGACCGAUGGAGGUAGUUUUGGACCACGCUCAGAGAAAGUCCAAGUAAUCGUAGACAUCACUGACGUGAACGACAACGCACCGGUGUUCACCAUGGUUCCAUUCAGAGCUAACUUGUCCUUGGGGGCGCUGUCUGGAGCUUAUGUGACGAGGGUUGUCGCAGAGGAUAAAGACUCGGGUGUCAACAGAGAAGUCAACUAUCGAUUUGCUCAAACCUCUGCUGAGUUCACCCUUGAUGCUACCACCGGUAUGAUUCUCACAUCAGUCGUCAUGAAUACAGAGGCCCUUUAUAGAUUGGAAGUUGAAGCAUACGAUCUGGGAACACCCUCAUUGUCAACAAGAGGUCUGGUGGAGGUUCACGUUGGCAAUGCAGCAGCUGUUAGACUAGACUUCCUGUCUUCUGAGUAUUCUGCAUCAGUUCUUGAGGAUGAAUCAGCUGAUACUCAGAUCCUGAUCUUGAAAGCUGUCCGGAGUGAUGGCAAUCCAUCAGGACAAGUCACGUACUCAAUCAUCAGCGGCAAUGAUGAUGCAGCAUUUAAGAUUACUGGCCAAUCAGACUCUGCCGUUCUGUCAGUCCUGGAUUCUACCUCCCUUGACUACGAGACAACUCAGCAGGUACGAUUGGUUGUGCAGGCUGAAGCGCCCUCUAUUGGUGCAGUACCAUUGUACGGUUACGCGACGGUCCAACUGAAUCUACUGGAUGCUAAUGAUAAUGCUCCACGCUUUGUCCAGGAUAAAUACACAACGUCAGUUUGGGAGGGACAAUCCAGUGGAAUCUACGUCAUUCAGGUGUCUGCCAAUGAUGCAGACCAGGGUACCAACGGUCAGAUCACCUAUUCCAUCCGAAGUGGGAACUUUGACAACUCCUUCAACCUUGAUCCAAUCACCGGUAUUGUGACGACCAAUAUUGAACUAGACCGUGAAAUCAGAGAUGCUUACAAGUUGACGUUAGCGGCCAGAGACAGCGGUAGCUCACAGCUGACAGGAUUGGCUACAUUGAAGAUCACCAUUGUGGAUAUUAAUGACAACAGGCCUCGCUUCCCACCAUUCAACCCGCUGGUCAUCAGUGAAGGUGCUGAAGUUGGUUACCCUCUGAUAACAUUGACUGCUAACGAUGGAGACACCAAUCCAACUAUCACCUAUCACUUCACACCUACUGGUAACCCAGGCAACAAGUUUGCCAUUGAUCCAUUCAGUGGCAGCAUUACACUAGCCGAGACAUUAGAUCGUGAGACGCAGGAUAUUUAUAGUCUUGAAGUACAGGCAUCGGACACUGUGUACACGGAUGACGUCACGCUGGUUGUAAGGGUUAGAGAUGAGAAUGAUAAUGAGCCACAGUUCAGCCAGCAGUCCUAUCAGGUGGCAUUGUCUGAGUUGACCCCAUCUGGUUAUCACGUCCUGACAGUCAAUGCAACAGACGCUGAUAUUGACAACAAUGCUCACAUUGUCUACAGCAUGGGUGUAGCACCUGUACAGGGAUUUGUCAUUGAUUCAGUAACAGGUGCUAUAACAACCAACCAGACAAUCAACUUUAAUCCAGCCCAGCCCAUCAUUCAGCUUGUCGUCACGGCAACUGACCAUGGCAACCCACCCCUAUCCAGUGUUGUUGCUGUCCGAGUCCAGGUCUUAGACGUCAACAACAAUGCUCCUGCCUUCCAACAAGAUAUCUACUCUGCGUUUGUCGAUGAAGACAAAGCCAUUGGUUCAUUGGUUACCACGGUAACUGCUGAAGAUGAAGACCCAUCUUAUCAUAAUCGGAAGAUUGACUACAGCAUUAUCAGCGGUAACGAGGAUGGGAAAUUUGAGAUCAAAGCCGACAGUGGAGACAUUAAUGUAUUUGAUAGCCUGGAUCGUGAACUCGUUGACACGUAUACCCUGAUAGUUGCAGCUACAGAUCGUGGACUACCUCAACGUAACUCAACGGCUGAGGUUGUCAUUGAGGUUUUGGAUGUUAAUGACCACGCACCGAGAUUCAACCAGACGCAUUAUUUUGGGACUGUCCAGGAAAACGCAACAACUAACACUAGUGUUGUACAGGUGUUUGCAAGCGACCUUGAUAUCGGACGGAAUGCGGAGAUUCAGUUUGAUAUCAAAUCAGGUAAUGAGAUGGAUAUGUUUACUAUUGAUGUGACUACCGGUUUGAUUACUGUUAAAGGCAGUCUGGAUUAUGACACAGUACCUGAGGUCAGGAUGUCAGUACGGGCUACCGAUCGCAGUGGUGAUAACCCACUACAUGCUAUUGUGCCGGUAAACAUUGAAAUCACCGAUUACAACGAUAACGUCCCAUACUUCCCAUUCAUGAUGUAUUUGGAACGCGUGGCCGAGAACCAACCAGCUGGUACUCCUGUAUUUCAGGCCCAUGCAAUUGAUAAGGACACCGGUGAAUAUGGUCAGCUGACUUAUGCAAUCACUGAAGGUAGUGGGAAGGACCUGUUCAACAUUGACCCCGUCAGUGGUAACGUCACCACUGUGCGACCUUUUGACUUUGAGAUGGAGGAAUCUUAUCGACUUCUCAUCCGAGCUGUGGAUAAAGGUGGGGAGUCAGUAUCUGUGCAAGCCCAAGUUGAGAUCACCAGUCAGGAUGACUACCAGCCACAUUUUGAUAAGAAGGAAUACUUGUUUAGCGUGGUUCAGGAUGCAGCAGUUGGCACUAUGGUGGGUACGGUACAUGCCAGUGAUAAUGAUACAGGAGCAGACGGUGUUGUACUCUAUGGCUUUGAGAGAAGUCAUGAGUUUUUUGCCAUCAACCAAAGCACAGGGAUAAUAACAGUAAAGAAACGUCUAGACUCCUCAAACAGACGGAAGCGUGACAUGAUUGAGUCUCUGUAUAGAAAUCGUCGGCAGAGUGUAGAUGGCAAAGACCAGUAUUCACUGAUAGUCAAAGCUAGCUCUGGAAGAGUUGGAUCCAAGGAAGACAUAGUCCCCAUCACGUUGAAUGUCAACCCUCCAGCUGUACCAGGUGGCCAAGUAGGCUUACCGAUGACUACCAUUCUUGCUAUCGUUAUUCCUGUCAUCUUACUGAUUCUGCUCAUCAUCAUUAUCCUGUUCUUUAUCGCACGACGUCGUCGUCGUGAGAAUCGCAAGAAGGAUCCUAAACCUGCUGAUUACCAAGCCGGUGACCGGUCACUGUCACCAAGAUCUUACGAUACCACCUUUGAUACUGUAGAAAUGGGCCACAGUGCUAUGGUCAAUCAUGCUAUGAUUCCUGAACAACCACUUACAGCAGGUGAUACUUCAUACAACAUCUAUCCACCGCGGAACCUCUACAACAUGCACAGAAAUAACAUGAAUAGCUCUAUGGAAGUAGGUCACCUGACUCGGACUGAUGUCUCUGAGGGUAACUCAGCAUCCAGUGGGAGGGGAUCAACAACCGUAGAGGAUGAGGAAAUCCGUCGCAUUAAUGAACGCUCAGUUUCAGAUGAUCAUACUGCCAGCGUACGAGACAAGGUCUUAGAUUCCGGCAUUCAGCAAGAUCAUGAAGAUGGAUUAUCCUUGCGAGAUAAUGCUUCUGAUGUUAUGGGCUCACCUAGAGAGAAGAACAUCAGUUACAUGAACAGUACAAGUGCAGAGAGUAUGCAUGUGUUUGGUGAGGAGGGAGGUGGCGAGGCUGGUGGUGGUAUGGACAUUGGUAAUCUGAUCUAUGCUAGAUUAGAUGAAGUAGGUGCAGAAGAAGACGAUGCCAUUAUGGAUGGUACAAGAGCCUUUGGGUGGGGAGAUGAUGUCCAACCAUCUAUGGCAGGUUCACUCAGCUCAAUUGUAAACAGUGACGAAGAACUCGCAGGUAGCUACAACUGGGAUUACUUACUGGACUGGGGACCUCAGUUUCAACCCCUGGCUCACGUCUUUGCUGAAAUUGCCAAAUUAAAGGACGACACAGUUGUGAAACGGCAGCUGGAGAGGCCACAACAAAAGCACAAACCUGUGAAGCAGUAUCCUCCUCCAUUGCUGACUAAUGUAGUCCAAGGACCCAUCAAACCAGUAGCUCCACUCGCUAUGAACAAUGGUCAGUCAAAGCAAACAUCACACUCCUUGCCACGCUCACCAAUCGUUAAUGAGAGCGCAUUUGCAGCUGUGGCUGUAUCACCGGAUCUGUCACCCUCGCUAUCACCCCUUGCACCAGGAUCUAUGUCCAUUUCUCCCAUGGUUACAUCAACAGGGGUAAGUUCAGGUCAGUCUUCAAGUCGAGGGAACUCUGGUUCAAGCACACCCCAACGAGCGUCAAGAAACCCAAAGCAGGUCACUGGUAUCCGCUUUGUACCAUCGUUUACCGGUGAUGAGGAAGAAAUCCAAAUCUAAGCAUUCCUACAGUGUUUUCAAAGAGUGUCUGCCUUGUGUAACUGUUUUAUUAUAGAUGUAUAGUGUAAAUACCUGUAAAUAUUGUUUUGCAAAAUUAUGAUUCAGAGUAUUCAAGUGUCAAGGUAUAGCCAAAUUUCUGUAAUACAUGUAUGUAAAUCAUGUUUUGACCACAUGAUCGUUACAUUUUGUACUGUAUUUUUAUGAGAUUUUUGCAGAGAUUUGUAAAUAGUUUGUUUGAAUGAAGAGGCUGCAGUUUGACCAAUUAAGCAAAUGGAAUUGGACCCAUUAUUUUUGUGGUGCUAGCUCUUUCAAUGGAAAAUUCUUAUUAUGAACGAGCUGAGCACCUUGUACAAUAAAGUAACUUAUGUAAUAUUGUUUAGAAUGUAAUAUUGUCAAUACUUAUUCAACUCAUUUUACUUUUGCUAUCUAACCUUUAGAAAAGCGUUUUAAUUUUUAUAAAUUAUUUUACAGCUUAUUUUAUGUUUCAUAAUCUUUUAGAAGGUUUUUUCAUUUUUAACAUUUUGCAACAAGCUGUGGAGAGAUGAAAAGGUACCAAUUGUCACAACAUUGCCCUUUCUAUGUUUAUAGGAACAUUUUUGUCCUCUCUUUAACUAGAUAUAAGCAUGAUUUAAAAAUAAUCUCUUUUUGAUUUUAUUAUUGAACAUGUACAGUCUGAACUUAUUCACUUGCACUUAUGUGACUGCCGUGCGAAUGGCAAAUUACUACACUUUGUUGUAAAUUUAUAGAUUUCUGUGAUUUUGUUCUGUUUUGUUUGGGUUAGAAUGGCACUUUUUUCCAUACAUUGCACAUUUUCCUUGAGUGAACAAACACUGAGAUGAAAAGUAGGUCUCAAUUUGUCGUAUGCUCUGGUUUCAUGUUUGUAGAAAUUUGACCAGUGAUUCUAGAAUUAAAAUCACUAAAGGGAUAUCUGUCUUCAUGUGUUGAUGAAGUCCAAGGUGAAAGGUCACUUCCAUCCACAAAUGUAUUUUUUUUUCUUCAAAUUCUGAAGUGUUAUUCAAAGUAAGACGAUUCAGGAAGGAAGCAUGUAUCGUUGAGCCACUCUGUGAUGCUUGCGUUUCAGUUUUGCAUUGGACAAGUUGUUGAUAUGAUGAUUCAUGUGCAUGAAUUCUGUUUUUGUCAUUUUUAAGGCAAAAGCUUUUAUUGUAAAUUCUAAACAGUCUGUAGGAUAAACUGGCAAAUGAUUUAAGAGUAAUUUUCUCUAUUUUUUUUCAAUUGCUUUGUGAUCUUUCGAAGUCUAUAGGCUGUGACAUAAUUUAUGCAUAUUUUGCCAGCAUUCCAUAUUGAAUUCCAUUCGGACAUAUAACCAGGAAUAAAUACUGUAAGCUAUAAUAUUUUUUCAUAUAAUUGUAAAACAAAUACAGGGUAAAUUUAAUGCAUAAAAAUAAAUUGGAAGGAUGAAUUCUCAAUUCUCAUUCAUUUCAUAAUCGUGACUUACGUAUUCAGUUGUAUUAAGAUGAAAGUGUUGAAAUAUUGGUUGAAAUCUCUGUUGCGCUCUGAUAACUAGAUCAAUGCAUAAUUUGUGAGUACUGGUGCCAAGUUAAGUGAAAAAUGCAUCCUCUUAAAACUAUAUACAUGUAAAGUCUUCCAAUUUGUAGUCCUUUUCAGUUCACACCUUUUUAAUAUUGUUUAUCGACAAGGUUUACUUUCUUACCUGAUAGUUUUUUGAUAAAAAUAAUAUGAGGUGAAAGAAAUUUCUUAAAAUAAGAGCAAUGGCAUAUCCCAGGGCAUUUUGGUGUCCCAUAUUAAUUAAAAGAUGGUUCGGAUGUCGAUACAGUGAAGUCUUACUUGUGCCCCACCACCCCCCUCCCGCGUAAAAAAGCUGGAUGCGCUACUGUACAAGAGCCAACAGAAAUUCUUCUGUCAAGAAAAAUAGUCUUACAGAUGAUAUAAAAUGAACGGUUUCUUCAGUUUUUGUCAAAAAAUUUUCAAAUGUCAUUUUUUUUUCAAACGUUUGUAUGUUGUAGCCAAAUUUGUAAAAUGUAAUAACCUUGAUAAUAUUAUCAAAUGCCCCCCCCUUUUAUAGUUGUUUAAAAAUGGUUAGUAUCAAAGGAAUCCUAGCAUCUUUUUAUAUGGACAGUAUUUUGAUAAAAGUAAAUAGAAUUUCAUUUUAGCCUACCAAAGUAAUUUAGUGUAUGGUAAUGUUGAGUAAAGAACUAUAAUUUUUGUUUUCCAGAGUUUUUCUUGGUUUGUGUUUUUGCAUGCAGGUUGUUGCCUGUUAAGAAUCAUUCUGAUUUUGUUAUUUUAUAACGUAAUCAUUUAAUUAUUAUAAUUAUUAGAUCGCGGAAAUGGGAGUUAUUGUCGAAAUAUUGUGAAUAAAAUCACCUCGACUCAAUUAUGUAAAAGA